AUGCCUUGGAGCAGGAGGGGCCAUGGACGUAUCGUGAAUGGCAACGCGACCACCAUAUCAGAGUACCCGUGGAACCUCUCCAUACAGUUCCUGGUCAGGCACGAGUGCGGCGCAUCCAUAAUCAGCACGACGUGGGCAAUGUCAGCCGGUCACUGCUUCUAUGACGACGUCACCAAGAUGUUGCUGCGGGCCGGUUCGACGACACGCGAGAGUGGCGGCGUCGUCUUCAACAUAUCGAGAGUCGUUUACCACGAGAACUUCAACAGCACCAGUCUCGACAACGACAUCGUUGUCGUGCAAAGGCCAGAGGAACUGCUGAAAGUGGACCUGUACGUUGACCAAACAUCGGUUUGCAGUAAGAUAUUUGCCGAUAUCCUUCCAGUCACCGACAGCAUGAUGUGUGCCGGCAACAUCCACAAGGGCGUCUGCUUCGGUGAUUCCGGAAGUCCGCUGGUGUCCGGAAAAAUGCAGGUCGGCAUCGUGUCCUGGGGCGACGAGGACUGCGAGUACCCUCUGGCGAUGUACACCGACGUCGGGUACAUGCGCCCCUGGAUCAGAAACAUUACUGGAGUGUGA